CCAGAGCCGCGCGCCUACCAGACUGGUUCUAUCAAGAAUAUCCGUUUUCUCAAUGACUGUUGCUGUUGAAGUUGCAAGAUUACAGUGUCGUUUGCCGUCUUGGGAUAGUGACAGGUCCCUGCAAUGGGUACAUUCUGCUUUGUGAGAACUGGCUGCUUUCUCCGUCAGGUUGCACCAGGCCUGCCUUCUAUGCUACACCGAGAGUACAGCCUCGACAUUGCCCCAGCGCUGCUUCGCACUCAGGGCUACAUCGAUGGACGCUGGGUGUCUGCACCGUCCACGUUCCCAGUGCUAGACCCAGCGACAGGCAAGGAGCUGGCCAAGGUAGCUGACUGUGGAACGAAGGAGGCACAGGACGCUGUCAACGCUGCAUACAAGGCGUUUUAUUCGUGGAAGCGUCAAACCGCAAAGGAAAGAAGUGUCCUCCUACGGAAAUGGUUUGAUCUCUUAAACGCCAACAAGGAGGACCUUGCCAAGCUUAUAACUGCAGAAUGUGGCAAGCCCAUGAAGGAGUCCCUGGGGGAGAUCGCCUACUCGGCCUCCUUCCUGGAGUGGUUCUCGGAGGAGGCGCGCCGCACCUACGGAGACUUCGUGCCCUCGGCCGCCAAGGACCGCAAGAUCCUGCUCCUCAAGCAGCCGGUGGGCGUGGCCUCCAUCAUCACCCCGUGGAACUUCCCGAGUGCCAUGAUCACCAGGAAGGUGGGGGCGGCUCUGGCGGCGGGCUGCACGGUGGUGGUGAAGCCGGCUGAAGACACGCCCCUCUCCGCACUGGCCUUGGCCGAGCUGGCGGAGCAGGCGGGUAUCCCCGCGGGGGUGUUUAACGUGGUGCCCUGCUCCCGGGAGACGACUCCUGCUGUGGGGGAGCUGCUCUGCACAGACAACCUGGUGGCCAAAGUCUCCUUCACCGGCUCCACCGCCACCGGCAAGAUCUUGCUGAAGUGGGCGUCCAGCACAGUGAAGAAAGCCUCCAUGGAACUGGGGGGCCACGCCCCCUUCAUCGUCUUCGACAGCGCUGACAUCGACAAGGCAGUGGCAGGAGCCAUGGCCUCCAAGUUCCGCAACUCUGGACAGACGUGCGUGUGCUCCAACCGCUUCUUGGUGCAGAGUGGUGUGCACGACGUGUUUGUGGAGCGCUUGGCCAAGGCCAUGUCUGCGGAGCUGAGGCUGGGCCACGGGUCCGAUCCCGCCACCACCCAGGGACCCCUCAUCAACCCCCGCGCCGCAGAGAAGGUGGAGCACCAGGUGCAGGAUGCGGUGUCCCAGGGGGCAGUGAUCGUCAGGGGGGGCAAGCGGCUGGAGGGGUCCUUCAUGGAGCCCACGCUGCUCACCAACGUCACCACCAACAUGCUCUGCACCCGCGAGGAGACAUUCGGGCCCCUCCUCCCCGUCCUCAAAUUCAACACAGAGGAUGAAGCUCUUGCCAUUGCCAAUGCGUGCAACGUCGGCCUUGCAGGUUAUUUCUACUCGCAGGACCUCAGUCAGAUCUGGCGUGUGGCCGAGGAGCUGGAGGUGGGCAUGGUGGGGGUGAACGAGGCGCUGCUGUCCACCCCCGAGGCCUCCUUCGGCGGGGUCAAGCAGUCCGGCCUGGGCCGCGAGGGCUCCAAGUACGGCAUCGAGGAGUACCUGGACGUCAAGUACAUGUGCAUUGGAGGCCUCAACCCAUGAGGCGUGCCAUAGGGGUCUGCAGCAGGCUUGUACGAAAUUCCGAAUUGAAAGAAUUUCAAUUCAAAGUAAUGCCAUAAUACGAACACUAGGUGGUGGUGUUUUAUGUACUUUCAAUGGGUGGUGUAGAUUAAAUUCAAAGAAAUUCAAGGUAAUGACACCACCUAGUGUUCGUAUUAUGGCAUUACUUUGAAUUGAAAUUCAUUCAAUUCAGAAUUUCGUACAAGCCUGGUCUGCAGGGUGCGAUUUGUCGAAACAUCAGAGGGGGGCGGGGGUACAUUUCAGAUUUUAAGCAAUAUAAAUUGCAGUAAGUUGCCGUAAAGUUGCAGUAAACAGCGAUGAUUUUUUUUAAAUACAGUAAUGGGUUUCCCGUUUGUAAACAAUUCCUGACUGCACACUGUUCAGCCUCUAAUAGUUGGAAACUGCUGUCACUCAAAAAACGAGCUCACGUCUGUGGCUGCUUAGCAUCGUGCCCCUCAUCACAGCGUGAAUGUUUGUGAACGGGAAACCUAUGUAUAAAAAGAUCAGAUGUCAAAACCAGAAGGAGGGACAAUCCCAACCCCACCCCCCUUACAAAUCGCACGCAGGGUGUCUGUGUGUUUGUGUGGCUACAGGGUAAGAAGGGAGGGAGUCUUAUUAGACAAUUAGUGGCGACUAUGUACUGUACUGUACUGUAGUAGUCACAUAGUAGCACAUAGCAGACACACCGUAUCACAUAAUGACAAAUACAUGACACUGUGAAUUCAGUCUAUCUGCAUCUUUUGAGCUGUACGUCAAAUAAUAAACAAUAACUAUUCAUCAAUAUUAUUCAGCAAUCUACAGAAGAGUAAGACUUAAGUCGUCUUACGCAUGCCUCCGUCCCACCAAGAAAAGGGGAAAAGAAGUUUAAAAAAGCACAAUCAUACAUUGCUGGUCCUUAAACAGAGACGUUUGAAUGGAUAAAGCAUCAAAAAUGUUUCUUAAUACAGCAAACUGAGACUGUUAUGAUAGAGAUGAUGAACCCUUAACAAUAAAGAAAUAAUAAACAGAAAAAGAUACGCACAAAGUACUCUUCAGUCACCAGUGUUAUGGUGUCCCCUCAUAACUUGCCGCCCUAACUGGUGUCUGUAGGUGUUAUCAAUUUGUUUGCUAAUCCAGACAAUGUGUUAGUUGUAUGAAUCGUUCUAUUUUUGUAAGUGAACUGACUUGCCUGACAUGAACAUGCUUGCGCAUUUUUAACCGUACUGUACUGUACUGUAAAGUCAUCUAUUUAGAUUUUUUAGGUGAACCUUCGUUUAUAAAAAAAUAUUCUAUGAUGCUGCUGGACACUAAUAUUUCGUUUUAUUAAUUGGUAGCAGCUGUACGGUUUCGCAAUAUUUCAUUUGAUAACAAUUUUCAUUAGUUCAUUAUUCAACAUCCUUUGCGUUCCAUGGGUAGGAAGCCAGUAUCUGACCACUGAGAGAUGUAUAGUAUUUCAGACCGUUUCAUUUCAUUGUGAAAAAAAGAAAAAAAAUAGGCACUAGUCACUAAAAUUGUUCCCCCAAAAGUGUUAACUUUCCAGUUGAAAUUGUCUUGAAAAUCUAAAGUAAGUUUUCUCCCAUGAUCGCAUUAACAGUAGUUUUGUUGCCAAAUGUUGUCUACCUUAAGUGCCAUCUGCAAGCUGUGUCUGCAUGCUCCGCCCCCUACCUAUCAUGCUCUUACUGUACAUUUCUAACUUGUGUAAAUACUGAUUUCUUUGUAAUUAUUGAACAUUAAUUUAUAACCAUUAAAACAUGUGAUUCAUUGAACAUUUAUACAUGUU